AUGAGUCAUACAGAGCCCACCGCGCACAGCAUCAGACGUCGACCGCAUGUGCGAGAUGAUGUCACCAAGGCUAGUGCACCCUCCCGGCGCAUGCAGGUCGAUGCAAGAUCCAUUGAAUGCGAGGCGUCGGUGCGACGGCCGCCCGCAGAGGAGAAAUCACCCCCUGCCAAUGGCGUCAUGCUGCAGGCCGACAGGAAGGGAAGACAAGGCAAAACGAGCAUGAUCCGACUUACCCCGAUCGCAAAAUACAGCGUCAGCGCAAUCGAGCCGAAAUACGCAGCUGUGAAGGGCAGACGUGGUCCCGAGACCAGAUGCUUCGCGUACACCCAGGCCCCAGGAUUCUCGAACGUCUUGGCAGGAGAUGGGGAGCAUGACGAGAGGCGACCCUCAGAUUGGUGUGGGAGCACACACACGCCCUCAGCCACACAUGACAAGCCAUACACCGCCUCGUGCAGGGAGUAG